AUGACUGUCUACACAGAAAACGUUGUGCUGUGCUGUUCUAACUAUGGCUACUAUGAUAAUGUGUAUCCAAAACACUACCAUGCUGCUGCAGCAGUGUGCCAAGCUAUCCUGUAUGAGGUCCUGUACAAGGAUGUGUUUGGGAUCGAGGAGGAGGAGAUUCACUCUGCCCUGGAUGUGUUCCACGGCAGUGGGGGGAGGCGGUACCGCAACAGCUCCUUGAUGUGCAGCGAGGACGCCAACUUCGAAACCAGCGACAACCACAAGAGCCCCACAGCAAACAAGAAGUCAGCCUUUGAUAAGGAGGACUUGGAGGUGACUGAGGGUGGCAAUCCUUCUGAAGAGAAAUCCAAAUCCGGACCAGUAGAACAGAAGCCUGCAGACGGCCCAGCAAAGACCUCUUUUCCUUACGAGGUGCUGAAAGCUUUGGACCCGUCUAUCUACCGCAAUGUUGAGUUUCACGUCUGGAAAGACAGCAUGAAAGAGCUUCAGAAAACUAACUACAUGGUGUUUGCUGGGAGGCUGUACUGCUUGGGAGAAAAAUUGACUUGUAAACUGGUUGUGUUCCAGGUUCGCUUGGAGCCUGGUGGGAAGUACUACAAUGCUUUUAUCCAAGAGGUUGGGCAUCACAGCAGUGCAGUCACGGUUUUUAUAGAGGAGCUGGGUGAAAAGCACCUUGUCCCUUUGACGAACCUGAAACCAGUCACCCAGGUUAACCCAGUGCCAGCCUGGAACAGUGCCCCAAACCGGAAAGGGGGGAAUAAUAAAAGGAUGUCUGAUGGAUAUGCAGCAGAGCUCGACCAUGACGUAAGGCGUCACAGGCGUUUCUACAAGAAGGCCCGUGGGAAGGAGAUGGCCGUGGCGCACAGCAGGGGGCAGUCUGGGCUUCCCCCAAGACUGCAGCACAACAUCCCUUCCGGCAGGUCCUCCUCCAUCCACAACCCCCCGGGCAGCACCAACAUGGCCCCCUACAAGCAGUACCAGCCCCACCCCUCCAGCCAGCGGGCAGGCCGAGGCUACGGGCCUCCCAGAAGUUCAGCAUGCUUUGUUAAUAGACACCCUUUGGUUGGACCCGAGGUAGCGUACUACUCUAGCCUAGGAAGGAGGUAUUACCAGAGCUUUGAUAACUACGCCUACAGGUCACGGUAAGGGCAAGGCUGCUGUCCAGUGUGUCACAGAACCACAUUCAUAUCCUCAAAUUUUGUUGUUUAGCUGAUUUAGCCCUCAUUUUAGCUCCUUUUCUGCUUGCUCUGAACAUAACUUUUCACGUCUUGUUUAAUAUUUAAUAAACCCGGC